AAACUCCUGUGACAUUUCUGAGAAAGACAAGUGGGUUACAUGAAGACAGACUGACUGCAUCAACUGUCCUACACGGAAUAAUGAUUACCUUUCUAGACUUUCUACGACACCUCAUGGAAACUUUUCAGUGCAGGAGCACAGUAAAUGGAUAUAUUACGUUUAUGUUCCUCAUAACAGUCAGCUUAGGGUCAGCGUGUGAGGCGCCGUCCAGUCCUCUGUGCUACAGACGCAACGCUAAGGCAGAUAUUUAUAUUUGUGAAUGGAGCUUUAAUACUAAUGCGAGUAAUGUGAUGUUUAAAUUUUGCUUUAAUGACUCUACUAGUGAGAUAAAAUGUGAGAACAUUAUUGAGAACCCUUGUCAGUUCAUCGAGGAAUUGCUGACAGUCGGUGAUAAAGUUGACAUUUGGGUUGAAGCUCAUGUGGGAAACUCCAUAACCUGCACUUCACCCAGAAGGUCAGGCAUACUCCAGGAUACAGUUAAAUAUGAAACACCGUCAAAUAUUUCAGUGGUGUGGUUAAAAAACAACCUCAGUUUAAGCUGGCCAGCUGCAGAAGAAAAUCCAGCUUUAGUCGAGGUCUGGUUUCAACAAUAUGAACAUCCAACAGAAUCGUGGAAAAAUAUAAUAACAAAUACCAUCAAUAAAGCCUCUAUGUACAAGGUCAUAAUUGAGAAUGUUCUGAGGCAUUCAUCUUACCAGGUUAAGAUCAGACAUCGGUCCACCCAGGCCAGAAACCCACUGUGGAGCAACUGGUCUCCAGUUAUUAUUGUUCCUGCAGCGCUUGAACAGAAACCUGAAGUCAAAAGUACAACAAGACUUUUAAAUGGCACACGAGAAGUGAAGCUAACUUGGAAGGGAAUGCCGCCUGCAGCAGCACUCGGAGGUGUGAUGUACAGCUUGAAUGACACACAGACUUCUAAUCGCUGUCCUUGUAGGAUGAGGAGACAUGACACCCAUACAAAUAAUUACACUAUUAAUGUAUCAUACUCAGCUGUCAACAUCACUAUUAUUGCCAAAAAUGCAGCAGGACUGUCACCCCCAUCCAUCAUUCAAAUACCUGCUUCACCUCCAGCAAAUUUAAAAAUUUGUGACAAAACAUUACUGGAAAUGAAAAGAUUAAAAGGGACAUGCCUUGAGUUUUACGAGCUUCGUGAUGCAGAUUUAAAACCAGAAAAUGUGAUGACUUUAACUGCAAAGAGCAAAGUAAAGGAUAAGAAACAGCUACAAAAAAACAUGAAGGACUACAUCCGCUACCUUUAUUUUGAACACAUAUGUGAUGGUGGGAAACCACAGACAGUUAAAAUGUGCCUCUUUUAUAAGAAAGAAGGUGUGGCAACCAGAGGACCUCGGGACUUCAGAGCUUCUGAUGAAACAGACACUUCUGUUCACCUGUCCUGGAAAGCGAUUGCAUAUGAGCACCAGCGAGGCUUCAUCACACACUACAAACUGUGCAGAGUGAAAAUAAGCUCACAAGAUGAGCCAAAAAAAUGCUUCAACAUAUCAACAUCAGUGACAAAGCACCAUCUGGAAAAUUUGACACCUGGAUCCAAAUAUAACAUCAGCCUGGCUGGAGUGACGGGAGCGGGAGAAGGACUUUCAGCUUUAGCAAUUAUUAACACACAGCCAGAGAAGCCUGCAAAUGUGUGGAUGAGUUUUGGGUUGUUAUUUAUAUUCUUCUUUCUCUCAACAAUGUGCACCAUUAUCCUGAAGAGAAUCAGAGCCAAAAUCUUUCCUCCUGUGCCAACACCUGUGAUAAUACAUUUCCCAUCAUGUCCACAAGUUAGACAGGAGGUAAAGAGGAAAGAGGAGGUGCAUGAGUUUACAUUGCACCAGCUACUUUCAGAGAAGAUGACUGUUUCAGAGGAGGCCAUUGUCCCCAAAGGGGAGCAGGAUUAUAUGACUGACGAUGAUGUGGAGAAUGAGAGGAGUGACUCUGAAGGAUCCGUUGAUGAGUGUGUGGGUCCUAUCUCCACAGAAAAGGCACUGAAGAAACAAAAGAUAACAGACCUUGGGCAGGUGAACAAUGAACUUGCCAUGCUGAUAUACAGGAAUGGUUUGGUGUUUGAUGCAAAGACAGACUCUUCUUAAAUCGGUGUAACAAUUUUAUUGCCUCACAGCAAAUAACUGAGCAAACAAGUUUAUCAGUUUGUUUGACUUAUGCAAACCUUUUUUGUUCGAUUGGUCAGUUUUUGAACAUCUGUAAGAGAGUAAUUUUUUUUUUUAUUUAAGAAAAACCCUUAAAUGUUUGAUAAAUAUUUUCUUUUUUUGUUUGUAUGUAUGUACCUGAGCCAGUAUUUGAUUUCAGAAUUACAACUUUGCAUAGUCAGAAGAAGGCAACAUCUAGAUCCAACUCAGUAAGAGAAUGAUGGACUAUAACCCAGUAAUAAACUCUAGUUCAAAA